CAGGGUUACGCUGCUGCUGAAAGACCGGCUGUGUCCUUCAAGGCUUUUAUCCCUCCUCCACUACCGGUGGCGGUGCUUUCCGUGCCCCCUGUUCUCGUGGAUGUGGGCAUGCACGGGAGGGAAGGUGGGACACAGUUAAAUAUUGCUUUGGGAAUCCUGCACUGAAGAAAAGCACUUUGGUAAAACUUAGCCUAAAGCCUAGGUUUAUAGAAAGGAGAUCAAGAAUCUAGUUGUUAAAUUUAGAUUAGGGAAAUAAUUCAGUAUUUCCCUGGAGUGUUUGCUGCUCUUGUAGUGCCUCACCACAUGUGGCAGAGCCAGAAAUACAUUAUUAAUCAGCAAAACUGAUGCUGACUAGCUGCUUAUCCUGUGGAAAGCUAAAAAAAUAAGUAAAAGCUGUAAUGGAGUUGUGCUUAAUCUGAUGAAACUGGAAGUAAUGUUACAGAAGCAGAAGAAAACAUGUUUUGGUUUUGUUUUUUUCUGUUUAACUGGGCUAAUGCUUCUUCAGGAUAUCACUUAUAAAUGUGAUAAGAAAAUUAACCAGCACUGCCCCUCUUAAACAGAAACAACCAUAUGUUGACAUGCAAAGAAAGUAAUUCCUUUGAAGGAAACUAUUGCAGCUUUUCCCGCCCAUAAGAAGAUGAAACAUUUGUUGAAAUGUUACAUUGCACACAGUCUUGCUCAUUUGGAAAUAACGCGUUGCACAGGCGAGUGUCAUGUGCAUCCCAUUUGGCAAGAAGAGGGUUAAGCAAUGGCAGGCGGACUUGGGCUCUCCGGCACAGGUGCAGUUUCAGGGCUCCUGCAGCCAAUCCCGGGCCCACGGUUCGUGUUGAGUCAUAUUUUCCGUUUGCAGAACCAAUGGGUAUUUGGCGAGGUCACGCUGAGGACAGGCUGCAGCCAAUGCAUCUACACCCCAGCGGGCUGCAAGGCAGUGUAGAGUCCUUCCAGGGCGAGCCGACGGCUUCCUCGCUGAUGCGAAGCUCCCCUUUCCCCGCAAAAUGGGAGGUCAAGGUGGACCCAUCUCCACCCGGGAGGUGGUGGGUGCGGUGGUACCCUCCAGAAAGGCAAAAAGAGUAACAAUUAAAAAAUAAAAUACAAAACUUGGGAGAGCCGAUGAUUCCCGCAAGCACGGAAGGGAGCUGGACUUUGUGGUUUGCAAAAUCACGCAGCUGGACGCUGUUUGCUCAAAGCCUGAACCGCAAAUAGCAGCGUGUACGAUGCAUUGUAGCCGAUUAACCCCCUGCAGUUGCAGUGCAACCUGCGUAGAUAGAAGGACUCAGCUGCGGCUGGAGAGCCUGGAAGACACACACAUCAUCAAAGGCGAAGACGAUGCGCUCUCAGACAAGCACGGCUGCCCAGCGUACGUCAGCCCUGAGAUCCUAAACACAACAGGGACUUACUCUGGAAAAUCGGCCGACGUGUGGAGUUUGGGAGUGAUGCUCUAUACCCUGUUGGUGGGACGCUAUCCCUUCCAUGACUCGGACCCUAGCACUCUGUUUUCCAAAAUCCGGCGUGGACAGUUCUGUAUUCCUGACCACGUCUCCCCCAAAGCCCGAUGCCUCAUCCGCAGCCUCCUGCGGCGGGAGCCCUCUGAAAGACUCACUGCUCCGGAGAUCUUGCUUCACCCUUGGUUUGAGGCGGUCUUGGAGCCUGGAUAUACAGACCAGGAGACGGGAACUUCAGAUCAAAUUGUUCCAGAAUACCACGGAGACAAUGACGAUAUUAGUUCCUUCUUCUGCUAACCCCGAAAUCUCAAAAUCCUCCAUGGUUCUCACCUCCGGCAUCUUCGUAGGGCUUCAUUUUUCAACGUUUGCAAACUCAACAGCAUCUUAAAAUGCCAGUAUGGUCAGAAAAGUGACCUUGUUUAAAAUAAACGCCAACCCAUAGAUCUCCGCUCCCUGAGCGUACUCAGAGUUUCAUCCUCUUGCUCUGCUGGUAGGUCCGACCCGCUGGCCCUGGAGGACCCGGGCAGCUUUGCGAGAGCCGCCUGGCUUUUCUCCUGCCUCCCGCAUUCUCCACUGGUGUAACUGGCCGCAUCUUGGCUGCAGAGUCUUAUGGCUGGUGAGGUGUGAGACAGAAAGGCAGCCCCUUCUGCUUUCCCACGGUGGCUACGGGGGUGCGGAGCCCUGGCCGUGAUGCUUAGGGGGUGGGGGGCACGAGGCGCGCCUCUAACUGAGCACAUCUGACAGAAAUGCGUAAAAAGGGGAAUCGACUCGGCGUGCCACACCAGCCGGCUUGCAAAGUAGCUUUCUGACUGUAAGCGCACUUUAAUGAGGGAAGGAGGUCUUCACCUGCCACGGCCAGCUGCCUGCUCGCUGCUGCUCCUCCAGCUGAUCUUGCUUUCAGAGGCAUGAAGCUCCUAGAUCCACCCGUAAGACAAACCACUGCUGUGGCUCUUUCCGAAGCAGAAACUGGUGGAUCUCCCAGCUGGAUCCCCUCCGAUUCCAUUCGCUGACCAGGAAAGCAUUUUAAAUAGACUUAAGCCUCGUGUUACCAUGGUGUAGCCUGUAUAACUUUAUGCCCUCAGCGAGCUUGUCAAGUAGCAGGUCUCGUUAGCUCUGAGUGCCAAAACAUAUCCGUUUACCAAACCGUAACACUAUCGGCUGGGGCGCCUUCCCUUGGAAAACGAUAAGGGGUAUCUUGUACAGUACAUGUAAACACGGUUGUGUUUUCCUACAGGCUCAACUCUUAAAAACAUCACAUCCCCUCUCCUCUUCUCCCCUCCACUCCCCAAAAAGUUAGUCUUAAGAGUAAAAUCUCCAGAUGUCCUUAGUUGAUUAUUCAGGUAUGUUGUUUGCCUCUGGCUACAUUUUUUUUUUUCCCCUUAAAUUUUUUUUUUUUUUGCAUGAUUAUUCAUAGUCUUUCCAAUGUGCGUGGAUAAUGAAUAUAUCUAAAUCAUUAGCUUCCUGGGUUGGGGGUAAGUAAAGCUUAGUCCUGCCUAAAAUUUCUGCUUCGUUUCACAUUUGUGUCCAGUGGCUUAUGCAAAGAGAUGUCCAUUCGCCUUAGGCGAGAGCGCAGCUUCUGAAAUGGCUGUGGGUGGGUAACGUACGUCCCGGACACGGCACAGUUCGAGUGAAGUCAUUUUAAGGUAAACCCCCGGCAAGCUGCAGUCCCACCACGCGUUGCAAGAAUACCAUGUAUACCUCAUGGACUGUGUACUUUGUACAUACCUUACUGUUUGGGGUUUUGUUUUCUUGUUUUGUUGUACUUUGUUUGUCCUAAUAAGAGGUGUCGAAGAGCAAUUUAAUGUGAAUUAUUGUUGGCAAUACUAACUUGACAGAAUCAUGAGCAUUAAGAGCAGGGCACUACAGCUCUCCGUUGCACUAAACCUCUCAUGAUUGCUUGACAUUUGUAUCUGUGAUACAGUUUAACCCUUCUAUGAAAAACAGUACAUUUGUAUAUAUUGGUAGAAAACUCUGCCAGAAAAGCUAAAAACACUAUGUCCAACUUGUAAAUAUGUAUAUGUAUAUGGAAACCUGGAUGAUAAAGUCUGACUUGUAGAAAGUUUUAAUAAACUUCGUUUCAUAA